GCCCUGUGCCAUCCGCCUUCUCCCUUCCUCCCAUGGCAGGUGGCGCUUCUACCCGUGCGCGUCCCCGCUCCUUCCCCCGUCGCGGUGGGUGGAGGCACUGGCGACGCGGGGCAUUCACCUCUUGCCUUGAUCAGGCCCUGUGCCAUCCGCCUUCUCCCUUCCUCCCAUGGCAGGUGGCGCUUCUACCCGUGCGCGUCCCCGCUCCUUCCCCCGUCGCGGUGGGUGGAGGCACUGGCGAUGCGGGGCAUUCACCUCUUGCCUUGAUCAGGCCCUGCCCUGUGCCAUCCGCCUUCUCCCUUCCUCCCAUGGCAGGUGGCGCUUCUACCCGUGCGCGUCCCCGCUCCUUCCCCCGUCGCGGUGGGUGGAGGCACUGGCGACGCGGGGCAUUCACCUCUUGCCUUGAUCAGGCCCUGUGCCAUCCGCCUUCUCCCUUCCUCCCAUGGCAGGUGGCGCUUCUACCCGUGCGCGUCCCCGCUCCUUCCCCCAUCGCGGCGGGUGGAGGCACUGGCGGCGCGGGGCAUUCACCUCUUGCCUUAGUCAGCCGCCAGUGCCUCAACAGGUGGCGUUUCUACCCGUGUGCGUCGCCUCUGCCACCCCCAUCGCUGUGGGUUGAGGCUCUGCAGGCGCGGGGCAUUCGGGAGAUCAACUUUGUGGGCGACUCACACCAGCGCUUCCUCAUGCUCUUUAUAAACUACCUCGUUAUGCACGACGUCGACGACGCCCUCUGGAAGUUCCACGGAGAUAUUGUGAUCAACAUCCCGCCGCCCAAGGGGAGGACGGACUUAAAGCCGCUGAAAAUGAAUUUCUACUGGGUGGAUGGAAUGUACCAUAACGACGAGUAUGGAUGCACCCGCCGAGGGUUCUGGUCACACCGCAACACCACCUUCCCUGAUUUGUCCCUUUCUGCCGAUCCGUACGGCGACUGCGGGGUUUUGGUUCCGACUAACUUGCUUAUCGAGCACAUGAAUGGGAUGAUCAAGACGGAGAUUCGGCGGUAUGGUAUUGGGUAUCUGGAUGGGUGGCCGGUGGAGAUCCCGAGGUACUUUGAUACAUGUAGUGUCAAGGAUCGGCACUACACUUGUCAUAAGGGGAAAGAAGGCACCAAGAAUGGGAUGUUUUAUGGAGAUGUUGGGGAGGCUAUGGUGAUGCACACCAUGUACAAUCUUCUAUACAAACUGUGGUAA